CGUCGUCGACCUUCAUCGAAGGCUCAUAUUUCGCCACGAGCAUCACCGCUGUGACCUGCGAAACACUCAGAGAGACACGGAUACUCCGACACAUACGGAAGCAUUCAUCUCAUUCUUCACUCUGCUCAGCCCUCGGAACAAGAACACGCAGCACAUCUCAAUCAUCUGCAAUCAUGGAUACCAAUGGCACAACCGACAGCAAGUACGUGACUCUGGUCUCGAGUGAUGGCUACGAGUUUGUCGUCUUGCGGGACGCCGCCAUGAUCAGCCCUGCCAUCAAAGGAAUGUUGGACACACGCAACAACUUCCGCGAGGCUACCCUGGGUCGCUGCGUGUUUGAAGAGAUCAGUGGCGUUGUGCUCGAGAAGGUCUGCGAGUAUUUUCAAUACUGGUACCGCUACCGUGAGCGGGAGGAUGUUCCUGACAUGGACAUUCCUGUCGAGCUGUGCCUGGAACUGCUGGUCGCAGCCGACUUCCUGGGCCUGGACAAGCAAAAUACAGGCACUGUCUGAAUGACGUUUGAUGACCAUCUGCAUUUUGGCUGCAUUAUUCACGACGGAGUUUGGGGCGUUGAGCGUUCAGGGUGGUACAACCUUACAAGAUACCAUUGCCAUGACACGAUGACGAAAUUCCAUGCCAAGAAGGCAUGUUUCCUAUCCUUCGCCAUGAUCUUUCUAUUGAUGGUGACCCACGCUAUCACCCCAUUGGUGAAAAAAAAAACCCCCGACCCCCAUCUUAGCAUAUGCGUUCCUCCCCUUACUCUUCCGUGGGUUGAACGUCUAUUAAAGAUGGAAGAAGAACUAUAUUCCACUCACUCUGCUUGACUCAACUUCUUACCAUUGAGAUCUACGCUUUUUCUGUUGGGAUACAGAUCAACCAAUGCAAAAACAAACAUGCACAUUUGUAUAGCUGAAUAAACUGAAUUCUUGAA